CACAAGGGACUCGGUGCGCAAUGCGCACUACAGACGCAGUAAACGAGAGUCGUCGACACGCUUCGUCCUCUCUCUCUCGCUCUCUUACCUCGUUGGUUUUGUCCAAUAAAAGUCGAUUACGCCUAAAAGUCUCCUUGUUAGACUUUUGCUCUGGUUUCUUUACGAAUUCUGCGUGCGUUUCUUUCACAUUUACAGAUUUACUCCCCCGUCCGCUAAAAGAAAUAGAAAACUAAUUUUCUUCGGUAUAUUGAGGAUUUCUGCAUCUCGAGCAACAUCAAUGGCGUAUGUCGAUCACGCAUUCUCGAUUACAGAUGAGGACCUCGAUUUUGAGGCUUCUUAUGUCGUUCACAAUCGGCCACCCAUCAAAGAGAUCGCUCUCGCAAUCUCCCUUCUCAUAUUCGGAACUCUAGGUAUCGUUUUGGGGAUUUUCAUGGCUUACAACAGGGUCGGCGGUGAUAGAGCUCAUGGGCUUUUCUUCACGGCGUUAGGAGCGGUUCUUUUCAUUCCUGGUUUCUAUUAUACGCGGAUUGCGUACUAUGCAUAUAAGGGGUACAAAGGAUUCUCGUUCUCCAACAUACCUCCCGUGUAGAGGAAUUGAAGUGGCAGAGGAGCCUGAGUUGGUUUACUGCUUACUUGUGUACAGAUCUCUCCUGCUGAGUUUCUCUUGUUUCUUCUUCUAAUAUAGUUUUGUUUCAAUAAAAAUGUAGAUGUAGAGGCUUAUACGUGAGCAAGGGGCUUAAUGUUUUGCUUGGUUGCAAAUAUUAUACAGUAGUCCAAAGGUUCAUGUAGCCACAAAGUGAUUACUUUUGAUCAAUCAAUGUUUGUCUAGUGGGUCUUGAAUUUCUUUUGAAGCCUCUAAUUGCAAUGUACUAAAUUGAUAUUGAAGUUUAUUUUUAUACUGUAUAUCAUGUAAUCAGAACAUCUGCUCUAAUGGAUCUAUUACAUGCAUACAUGCUUGCUACUUAGCUAAGCUGUUGCACUGGGUUUUAGCUUUUA